AUGGAUGUGGGUGGCGCGGAAUUCCGCAGCUCUUUGCUGCGUAUUCUCAGAGAUAUAUCCGAGGCCACUAUUGUAACCUUCGAUCUCGAGAUGAGUGGCAUUACCACCAAGCCCAAGUGCUCGGCAGGUGAUCAAUCACUCAAUGUUGGCAAACCUACCUUGCAGAACCAGUACGAAGAAAUGAAGAGUGCAGCAGAGACCUACCAAGUUCUACAGUUGGGAAUCACAUGCGUUUCAGAGGAUGUUGACAAAGAAUAUUACCUGGCAAAACCUUACAACUUCACCAUAAGCCCCUUACAGGCCGAUGGAACUGGAAUGGGUCACUCUGCAUUGAGACUCAACCGCAACUUCACUUUCUCUAGCAGCGCCUCUGAGUUUCUUGCUAAGAAUGGCUUUGAUUUCGGUAAGGUCUUCACGGCCGGCGUUCCAUACUUGUCGCGUGACGAGGAGAUUGAGCUUUUGGAGGAGUACAAGCAGCGCGAGGGCAGAAAGGCAAAUAUCCCCGAUCUUGUGAUUGGUGCCAGUGACUAUAUGAACCUGGAGUUCGUUCGUUCUGCACGAAAGACUGUUACCGUUUGGUUCGAAAACCCGGAGCACAAGGAUGACUUUGUCAAUGUUUCCCAUCCAGCAGGACCCUUGACUGGCCUACAACGCAGAUUGGUUCAUCAAUUCAUUCGCAGCGAGUUCCCUACACUUCGAGCAUUCGGUCUUAUGGAUGGUUCUUUCAUGCAAGUGAGACGUAUUGAUCUUAUCCAAGAGCAAGCAUACCAAGCCCGACAAGCCGUUACCUACAAAGGCAACAUUGCUAAGCAAACUGGCUUAAGAUGGAUCUUCGAAGCACUGUGUGGUGGCAACCUCUCUGGGGUCGACGUAAAAUGGUUCAUCAACGAGUUGGAAGUUAAGGAAGCCAAGACCGUCAAAGAGGAACUGGAGAUGAUCAUCAAGGAUCUCAAGAGCAAGAAGCGCAUGAUUGUUGGGCACAACCUAUUCUUCGACCUCGGCUUCCUAUACAAGACCUUCAUUGGCAUUCUACCGAACAACGUCAAAGACUUUCAGGAGGAUAUCAACGAUUUGUUCCCCUUUAUCAUCGAUACCAAAUACCUCGCCACUCAAAGUCCCGGAACUCAAAAUCCACGCAGCGGUCUCAAGGAGCUGCUUGCGCCCUUCCGCAAGAUCCAUGUCCCUCUCAUUGUACUACACGAGGACCAUGUUCAAUACGGCGCUGAGUACGGUAGAGAUCAUGAAGCUGGAUAUGACAGCUGGAUGACCGCCGAGUUGUUUGUCAAGCUGGCCGGACAGCUGUCCAGCGAGUCCAAGGACAUCCUGGACGACGAAUCAGGUUCUUCUGGUUCGGACGAGUUCUUCUCCGCCCCGGAGGAGUAUUUAAAGGAGCAUCGCGACUCCGAGGGCGGGGCGGGACUCAAGUCCGGACCGGACUUGAUCGACUUUGGGGAGGACGUCGACGCCGAAGAGGUGAAGACCGAGCAAUGGCUCCCAAGAAUGUCGAGCAAGUUCUGGAAGAAGUACGUCAACAAGCUCCGAGUCAACUCGAGCGAGGGCGGGGUUUGUGACCUGGCGGAGCGGGGCGAGGAUCGGGGGGUUGGUGGUGUCCGCCGCAAGCUGGCACAAUUGUAG